UGUUACGUCAUCCUCACGUUUGAGAAUUAGCUUGUACGUUAGUGAGCGAUGUUGCUACACACCUGUGUAGUUUAGAGUACAUAAUUGGAAUAACUUGUCUCAUAUCUUGUUAUGGGUGUAUUCUUGACGCUAUUCUGUUGCAAAACGUUUCGUAAACGGAAGCAAACGAAACGGGUGGGACUUACCUGCAUUUGUCCAAUUUGCAAUUGUUUGGACUAGUGAUGACACCAUAGUUUGUCUGAAUAAAAACAUUUGAUGAUAACUUGUGAAGUAGCAAUCUGCGUUGCCCAGCUAACGGUAACGUUAGUACCAGCAGAUAGGAAUAGGCGACAGUUCCAAGUAGCUAGUAACGUUAGUAACGUUAGUGGUUAGCUGUACAAAAUAAUGGAAGUUAGCAACCCGCUUGAUCAAUAUUAGCAACGUUUUGCAGAAACUGACAUUAGUACUAAUAUUUUGCCUUUGAGAGUUGAACUAUCACAGUAAUACCGAAGAUACUGGGAGCCAGUAUAUGGUUGCUAUGGAGAUGGCUGCUGAAGACAUAAUGAUUCAGGAGACCGUGGGGGCAGAGGUGGAGCUACUGGAGGAUAUGAACAAAGCCCACAAGCAGAGUCCACCAGAGAUCCCCAGGUUUUCUGUGCCACGUCCGUUCUCUAUGCCAGAGGACUCGAGCGACGAUGACUGUGACCUGUCAGGGAACAGCAUCUCUACUUACGGCAUGCAUUCCAUGGAGCUGGGGGGAAAGUGCUGGGAAUGUGGCGUGCAAUUCAAGUCUGGCCAGGAGUUGAUCGAACACUUUGAGAGCCACAGGUCCAAGGUCUCAACGUCCUGCAACAUAUGUCAGGUGACUUUCAGUCGCACAGUAUCACUGGCUAUGCACCUAGUCAACGCACACCCAAACUCAGUCCUCCAUUGCAGUAACUGCCAGCUGCAUUUCAGCAACUUGUGGGAUCUCAACAAGCACAUUGGAAUACACUUGUUCACCGAGUUGUUAAAUACACCCCUUGAGGACAUCUCAAAUAAGGACUUGAAUAGCAGUGAAGAGACUUUAAAGGGACAGUAUACUCUACCUUCAGCCUUGGCUGUCAAACAUGAGGACAACUCAAAUGAUGGCUUGAAUGGCAGUGAGGAAACUUUAAAGGGACAUUAUACUGUACCUUCAGUGGUGGCUCUUGACCAUGAGGACACCUCAAAUGAUGGCUUAAAUUGCAGUGAGGAGGCUUUAAAUGCACAGUGUACUCUACCUUCAGCAGUGACCCUAGACCAUACGUAUAGCAUGGAAAGCAAUGGGAGAAUGACAAAGACCAGACAUAGGCUGGAGGAGGAGGAAGAUGUCAAACCAGACCCUUCCACUCUGACCCUAGGCUCCUCCAUUCUGACUCCCUCACUGAGGAUCCAUGUCAAACUGGAGAGAGGGGUUGAGGUUGAUGGCGCCCCCCUCCAGUCGGAUGAGGGUAUCAGCGAUGGAGAGGGGAGUGAACAUAGCGAAGACACUGAGAGUGCAGGAGGAACAGACAACGACAGGUUAACAGAGAGCAGCGGAGAAACUGAUAUCGAUGAGGAGGACAUCAUGCUGAGUGAAGAAGAGCAGGAGGAAGUUAAAAGCAAACGGGAGGAUAGGAACAAUGACAUCCAGAGUGAAAAAGAGGACGAGGAUGUUGAGAUGCUUAUUGACCAAGAGGGUGAGCCCUCCUCGUCUGAGCGGGAGUCAGAAUUUGACCCAGAAGAGUUAUCAGAUUCUGACUCGAGGUCCAGUAGCACUGGGGAAUCCAGUGGGUCUUCUUACACUCCUGUACGCACACGGAACGCCAAGACCCGGCCAUCCCGGACUACGCAGCCCAAGACCAAGUUGUCCCAUGUCAAGCCUUAUUAUUGCAUCUAUUGCACCAAAGGACCGUAUCAUAAUAUGGACUUUCAUGUGAAGACCUGCAAUAUGAAGGACUUUCAAUGCUCUUUAUGCCAAGCCGUCUUCCCUACCGAGAUGGCCAUGUUGGACCAUCAGAUUCGGACUCACUCUGAAGCCAUAUCGGGCCAAAUGUACACCUGUGAGUUCUGCCGUCAGGUCUUCCCCGAUCUGGCCAUCUACAAAAACCACAACUGUCCCAAAAAAAACACAUCCCCCCCAUAUGUCCCUGAUCCCACUACGUGUAUCCAUUGUGGAACAGGGCCAUUCACUAAUAUGGACGUCCAUUUAAGAGGCUGCAGUUGGAAAGGUCUUACAUGCACUGAGUGCAGGGUACUCUUCCAUAAUAGGAAGGCCCUGCAGAACCAUAACGUUUCAGUUCACGGACAGCUUUCCACUAUGUGUGCUGUUUGCAGCAGAGGGCCAUUCACUGAUAUGGACUUCCAUUUGAGGAGCUGCUCUAGGGAUUGGUCCUUCCAAUGCUCUGAGUGCGAAGUCCAAUUUCCUUCUGAGAAAUCCCUGGUGGACCAUAAUCUUCAAUAUCACAGUGCCACAUCAAAGACCUCUGACCAAGGUGUCUGUGUUUAUUGCGGCAGGGGACCAUUCACUAGUCUGGACAUCCACAUGAGGACCUGCUCUAAGCAGAAGGGCUUAAAAUGCUCUGUGUGCAAAGUUUUUUUUCCUACUGAAUCGGUCCUGGCUGAUCAUAUGGUUUGCUAUCAUAGCACCCCAUACCAUGUCCAUAGCACCCCAUACCAAGUCCAGAGCAUCCCAUACCAAGUCCAGAGCACAGACUCAGAGACCCCUGAAGGUACCUGUCUCUAUUGUGGCAGAGGUCCAUUCACUAAUCUGGAUAUCCACUUGAGGACCUGCUCUGGGAAGAAGGGCUUCAAAUGCUUUGUUUGCAACGUUUUCUUUCCUACAGAGACAGCCCUGGCCGACCAUAAGGUUCUCUUUCACAGUAUCCCAUCAGAGACCCCUGACAAAGGUACCUGUGACCAUUGUGGCAAGGGACCAUUCACUAAUCUGGGCAAGCACAUGAAGACCUGCUCUAAGAGGAAGUGCAUCCAAUGUUCUGUGUGCAAGUUUUUCUUUCCUAGUGAUGUUCUGGCCAACCAUAUGAUUUCCUAUCACAGUACCAAAUCCCGAGUUCAGAGCCCAGUCACAGAGACGCCUGACAAAGGUGCCUGUGUCCAUUGCGGCAGAGGGCCCUUCACUAGUCUGGAACAUCACAUGAAGUACUGCAAUAAGCAGAAGGGCAUCCAAUGUGUUAUGUGUAAAGCUUACUUUCUUACUGAGGGCAGUCUGGUGGACCAUAUUUUUUAGCUCACGCUGACAAGCUGGUCACCCAAGCUGGUGGGUCCUCCGCUACGACUUUCUCCUUCGUACCCAUGGCUAUCUCUACCACCUCAGGCCGGCAGAGCCCCAGUAGCUCCACCCUGAUGUGUUGCAGUAGUGGAAAUAAGGAGCUGAAACGACUGGCCCCAGUCCCAGUGUCUGAUCAGGGCCCCAAUGCAGUUGGCCAGCUAACACCUGCUGGACAGUCUGUUUCUCUGCCUAGAGUAAUGCUGUCUACCACCUCCUCUUCCCAGCCAGCUGUUCCUGUGGUGGCCACCUUGCUCUUUGACAACACUGGUGGUGGUCCAGCGAAAAUGGCCAGGCUGGUCCCAGUGGCCCCACAGACCAACCCUCCCAAACCUCAGGUCACGGCACCCACGCAGACUAACACAGCAAAGCCCCUUGGGCAGUUCUCUAACCUUCUGCAACAGACUGUCCAUCAGGCAAAAUCUGUCCAACAGCAGACACCCAGGCCCAUUGCCCUAGCCAUGGACCCUAUCAGAUCCCCCACCACCCCAUCCCCUAGACCUGCCUCAGCCUCUGCCCCGGGGAAAAUCACCAUGAUCCACCUCUCACCUGUCCAUACCCCCCCUCUAGCGCAGUCUUCCCCCCUUACCCUUGCCUUUGCCCCAGCCCCUCUAAGCAUCAUGUGUAUGUUUGUGAAUAGAAGUAAGGAGCUGGCCCUGGAGAAACGCAUGAAGAUGAGCUGGCGUUCCAAGUGUACCUACACCUGCCGCCAGUGCGGCGCCGUCUCGCAGCAGCCCUCGCUCAGUGUGAAGCACCGCUACCUCCACCGGGGCUCCCGGCGGUACCGCUGCCACUGUGGUAGGUCGUUCCUGCGACGGUUGCACCUCCUGCGCCACUACCUCCAGCACGCCCAGGCCACCCGCUACAUAUGCACUGCCUGCGGGGAGACCUUUGACGGGGCAAAGUGCCUCGCACAGCACAUGGUUGGAGCUUCCAACACGACUCGAUGUCCAGGUGACAGCAUAACUUUGAAGCUGAGGAAAGAGUGCCGGAUGCCCUUCUCCUGUCACUGUGGGCAGGUGUUUUGUAGGCCUGCUGCUUUUCUCUGGCACAAACUGAAAAACACCCAAAGGACUUAACACUGAAAUGGGCCCACAGCAGGGCCCUAUUCAAAGCAGUGGUUUUUCCAUGGCUCACACAGACAGGCAAGCCUAUCAUUUACUAUGCUUAGGGAUAGAAGAGGACAAUGCAGUUUGUGGACUUGUUUGACUUUUUUCACUGUGAAUGAAAGAUGAUUCCUUAUGAAAUAAUCUAUGUAUGUAUUGGUUUAAAAUGUGUUUUCACUUCCACUAAAACAUUGUUUUUACCAAAAAUACAAUCAUAUUAAAAUUAUAUAUUUGACUUGA